ACGUAUUAUCAAUAAUACAUUGUAACAAAAAUUAAAAGGUAUAAUGUGCGUUUAGUAGCAUGUUUUCCUAUGGCUAGUGCUAUUUCACUCUUUACAAUUAAUAAGAAAGAGAUGUAACAAGAAGAGAAUAUGACACCUUUAUACCGAAGUGUUCAGUUUUGUUUCAUAUGUAUUAAACCGUGGGUGCCUUUUGUUGAAUCAAAGCGAUAAAUAUUAAUAUAUUUUUAACGUAUUGUAAGCCGAUACUCGCCAAGUUUUCAUUCAAAGACUGGAAUGUAAUUUACUUGACGAUAUUUCUGUGGAAACGCGUGUUGACUUACGUUCGUAUUGUUGGUUUUAUUGAUUUACUUAUGUCAUCGCGGACUUGAAUGAAAACACGCAUUUAAGUACAUAAAAAAUGAAAACCAGAUUGACCUCUGUGACUUACCUUGGCUAUACGGCGAUGGACAGGCGUUUCUCUAACGCCAUGCUCCCGUGGCUGCUACGGGAAAUUCGAGCUACCAGCAUUAAAGAUAAGUUAAGCAUAGCUAUUGAAGAUGGGUGCUUGAAAGCUUACAAUGGGAACUUCGAGCCCGUGAUCGUUCAUAGAUUAGUAGACAUUUUAAGGGCCAGCCAGGUCCCUGGCCGACCAGAGGAGCUGUUCUAUAUACUGCUCAACGAGAAGGAUGCACUCCUCAACUGCUUUUUGUUCAGAGCGGCCACUGUUCACGAGGUGACCGACCUUUUUGGACAGAUGCGGGAGCCAUCGCCUGGGGCGCCUAGCCCCAAAGACUCAUCGGGGUCUUUAGCUAAUGGGGCCGUUACAAAGAACAUUGGGUUCCAACAGCAGAACACAUCAGAGCUUCCAUGGAGCAGUCCCGCCAUAUCACUGCCUGGAAAUUGUAAUAACAAUUUGACAAGUGAACCUCAGUCUGGAUUGGUAAGGAGUGUCAGCAAUGCAUCAACUCUAACUUCACUAUGUGCUGAUCUGUCACCAUCUGACUCUCAUUUUUUCGAGGUUUUAUACAUUGGAAAAGUUAGGAUAUCACAAAGAAAAGUUCCUGAUUCUCUAAUAGAUGACGCAUUGAACAAAUUCGCACAACAUGAAGCUGAAAAGAUUAAAAAUCAGAGACGACAUAGCUUACAUCCAACCUCCACAGAGACGUCCGUUCAUAGCAAUACGGAAAACUUGGCUGAUGAAAAAGAAAAACUAAAAAGUAACUUAGGUACAAGUUCGAUUCCUUUAGAACCCGACAAAAGUAUUAUAAAGAAAACAAAAGUGGAAAACAAUGAGAUUGACAAAGAAUUUGAUAUGUUUACAAAAGAAAGAGUUGAAAUCAAUUCACAAAUGAGAAAAAGUCAAACAUUAGAAUCAAUGUCUUUAAAUAUAUCUAAAAAUAACCUAGGAACAGUAACAGAGGAUGAAGAAAAACAUGAUAUACAAUCUAUAAUAACUAAAACAGCAUCGUCUAUAACAAAAUUUUGUGAACACACAAUUAAAGAUGUAAAUAAAAUUGAAGAUAAUAUAAUAGAAGAAAAAAGUCCAAUAUCUGAAAAUAAUAAAGAAAAUACUGAGAUUGAUAAAAAUGAAAAUAGUUCGAGACAAUUUACAGACCAGGUAUCAAAUAAACAAGAAGUAAAUGAAAGUGGAAGUGAAAAAAACUCGUCAGAAAAUAAACAAAGUUUAAAUUUAAGUAUAGAAAAAUUCAAUAAGCUAUCCAGUUCAAAAAUGUUAAAUAGUGAAAAUAUCAAAAAAUCUAUGCUAGAGAAUAAACCGUAUUUGAGAGAUAGAUCAGCGUCUAUUGGAACUUUAAAUCUGAAGACGCCUAUAGUUCAGUUAAUUGGAGAACAAAACCGAACUAUGUUGUUUCAGGUAGGUCGUUCAGAAUUGCGACUUAUUAGUCCAGAUAGAAAGCAAAUACUCCUCCACAGGGCCUUCAAGGACGUAGCGAGCUGUGUGCUGGGCCGCAUCAACAAGGACCACUUCGGUUUUGUAUGCCGGGAGGCCAAUGACAGUUACGCUUGCUACGUUUUUAAAUGUGAAAGCGAUUCCGUUGCUACAGAAGUUGUUAAUGCCAUAAAGCAAGCAUUUUUAGCGCACGCAGAAUUACUGAAGAAGUCCAGAGAGAAAUCUCCAAAUAUGACAUGCGAACAUUGCCCAAUGCUAUGGUACCAUAGACUAUGCCAUGAUAUAGAAGGUAUGAAUGAGAAGAAGACCCACGCCUUUAUCCUCAGACGUAUAGAACAACUGCCUGAUGAUGAACAAGACGUCAUCAUCACCAAAUACCAAGGCGGCACCAACCAUAUGUACGAGGUAAGCGAACACAAUGCAUUCCUAAUGAUGCUACUUCGAGCCCACAGUGAAGCUAAGCAGCUGAGGCAUAUUCACGACACAGCCGAAAACAGAUCAGAAUUUCUCAACCAGUACCUAGGUGGCAGCACUAUUUUCAUGAAAGCAAAACGCUCGCUGUCCAGUAGCUUCGAUCACUUGUUGAAGAGGAAGUCGAGCAAAGAUGAAGCUGGGUUGGGUCUACCACAAGUUAGUAAGAAGGAAGCUUCGCCUCUCUCUACUACCGCGGUGGAAACACCUUCAGAACCGCAUACUGCUGAGUUGCACCCUCCAGAAAGUUCUAGAAGUAAAUCCCAAUCACCAGCUGCACGAACACAAAGCAGUGAUUCACCAUCGUCUCCGAAGCAACUCACCCCGCCUGCACGGGAAGACGACAGCGUGGAGAAGGAAGAACCCGGUACUCCUGUUAAUUCGCCCAUGAUGGAUAUUUUUCUGAAAGUCAACGAUUCACGGCCGACUGCCGCUGAGUCAGGGACUGAAACGGACGCCACCUGGCGGCAGGCUAUAUAUGAAAAAGUUGUACAACCACCGGAAUUACAAACGGAAGGAGAACUGUCGUCGAAGAAACUCCUCAGUAUACCAACAGCGCCACAAGGAAAAAGGUCCAAAGAACAAUUACGACAAUUGUGGAAGUUGGCCAUAGAUCAGACCAUUCUGUUGGUUAGGAUGGAGAAAGAGAAUGCCAGACUUAAAGAAAGUGAAGAGUCAUCAGCAGUUCGCCGUAUAAAACUGGAGUACGCAGAGCUGGGCGUAUGUGAUGCUGGGGUGGUGCUCAUGUGGGAUUCCUUGUUAUCCUCUAGGGACUCCUCCAGACAAAUGGCCAAGGUUGACAAGCAUAUGCUGACUCAGGCUGUUAUACAGGGAGUACCCCGUACAUGCCGCGGCGGCGUGUGGUGGUUCCUGGCGGAGCAGGCGGCGCUGCAGGCCGCGCCGCCGCCCGCCGCCUACCACGCGCCCUACCGGACACUUCUGGCUGGCCUCACCAAGCACCAGCACGCCAUACUCAUCGACCUCGGUCGGACGUUUCCAAAGCAUUCAUACUUCGCAUCCGCUUUGGGUCCAGGUCAACUGGCCUUAUACAACAUAUUGAAGGCCUAUUCUCUACUGGAUCCUGAAGUUGGCUACUGCCAGGGUCUCAGUUUUGUGGCUGGAGUACUGCUAUUACAUACUGAAGAAGCGGAGGCUUUUGGACUACUUCGCCAUUUGAUGUUUAGACGCGGUUUACGGAAACAGUAUUUGCCAGACAUGAGCGCUUUGCAAGUUCAGCUAUACCAACUGUCUCGCCUGCUUCGCGAUCACGAGCCCGAACUGCACGCCAAACUGGAAUCCCUGGACAUAUCACCGGCACUGUACGCUGCGCCCUGGAUGCUGACACUUUUCACCAGCCAGUUUCCACUUGGCUUCGUCGUCAGAGUAUUCGAUCUGAUCUUCCUAGACUCAUUCGAUGUAGUAUUUUCUAUCUCGCUCGCUCUCCUCUCUAUACAUAGAGAUGGGCUGAUGCUGUGUGAGAGCUGCGAAGAAGCCGCCGAAUACCUGAAACACAAGAUGCCCGACAUGGAUAAAGGGAUUUAUGAGAAAGUGAUGAAAAAGAUUCAUUCCCUGGAUAUCAGCCGCCAAUUGAACGAUUACGCGGUAGAGUAUGCGGUACUCAGAGAGGAGAUGCCGAGACUGGCCACCCUCACUGAAGAGAACAGGCACCUGUUGGCUGACAAUAAAAGGAUGUCUGAUGAACUUGAUUCUGCAAUGGACGCCAUUACAAAUUACCAAAAAGUUCAAGCGAGACUCGAAACUCAAAAUAAAACUAUGGAGCAACAGCUCACGCUACUCAGCCGGUACAUGUCCGCCUAUCAUAGACAAGAAAUGCCACCAGAGAUAAAGAAAAUAAUCCAAACCUACAGCAAAAAGAUAUCUUUUAGUUCAAAAAUUAGUUCUUUCUCAUCAAAAUUCACCUCCAACGAUGAUGAAGAGGAAAAGAAGAUUUUCAAAACCGGUUUAAGUGCUCCGAAUUUGUUCUCCAAAAUAUCUAGAGAAGAGGUUCUCAACGCAGCUAACAUUGAGAAGAAGCCGGCAGAAAACGAAAGAAAAUUCCUCAUGAAGAAAUCCCAAUCGGUCCACUCUGGACUGAUUGGUAACAAUCUGAAGAAUUAUCCAUUGAGAGUGUUAGAUGAAAAGUCGGAAUUAGACCAGAAAAAAGAUACCCUGAACGAUAAUCUCCAGGAGUUGGGUCGAAAGAAUUCUGGAUUCUUCGCCAGUACCCACGAACAAAUUCGACAAGAGAGAUUAUUCGAGCAGCAACUGAAGCACGAUUUUGACGAGAACUUGAAGAGAUUCGACGAGAGGAACACAAGUAAAUCGUUUACGGACGAUUUGAGCUUAUUCCAAAGUAGAAAAACCAUGUCUUUGAAUUUGAACUCUGCGACGAAAACUCAGGAAGUAAAGUUGAAUGACAGCGGUUUUGUUACGCCGUUGUCUCCUAAUGAGACUGAUCGAAGAGACGAUUGCGCUUCGACCAUUUCCCACCCACUCAGCGAUUGUGACGUGGACAUAAUAUUUGAUGGACAAUCGACUAAAUUGAAACAACUAGGGCCGAUAAAACAACCAAAUAGUAUUACUGAUAAGUGAUUAUUUUCUUAUGUAUUUUUAAUUCGUACAAAUUUUCGAAAUUAAAUUAAAUUUUGUGAUGAUUGAUUCUUGAACAGGUUUUAAUGGAAGUGGCAAAUACAAUAGGAAAUCCAGCGUUACUUCAUGGAACUAAAAACUAUCCCAUAUAAAAAAUGUUAAUAGAAUCUAUUUAGAUAGUCUAAAUGGGUUUAAUAUUAUUAUAAGCUCACGCCUUUUCUGUUUGGGGUGAGCAAAAACCAGACAUCGUUGCUUACAUAUGUCUUGACUUACUUCUCUAGCUUCUUCUAUAUUCACACACUUUAUUACUAAAACUACUUUAUUUCGGCUAUUAUUAAUUUGAAAUUUCUUUAAUAUAUCUCCAAUUUAGAUACUACAAAUGCGACAGGUGCGCCCCCUACCGACUUGCUCAGUUACCUCUCCGUUAUAUAUCUGUUUCUGUGGUUGUUUGCCAUUCAUUCUUUAAAUACACCUAAUCCUUUAUAACACUUCUUACUUCAUCCUAGUCACUCUCACUACUUCUCUCCAUUUAAUGACACUGAUUCUCUAUAUUAUCUAUGGAUUUCUAAUUGUUGCACGCUUUUCGUUAAAUCCUAUGUAUAUAUUUAUUGUUUGUUUGAUGUUUUGAUGAAUUGUUAAAUAUAUUAGUUACUUAUAUUAAUUUUGUAUAAUUCGGUGCAGAUACUUUUUAUUAUUAUAAAGAUAAACGCUAGUUAAAAUGAUUGUUAAGUUGCUAAGUUAAAAUGAUCUUUCCUACGCUAUCCAUUAUUUAAGUUUCUAGAAUAUCAAAAUAUCAAAAACUAGAAGUGUGUAACUUUAUUCACGCGAAAUUACAAUAAACACACUUACUUAUAAAAUUCUUCCUAUUCUCCGUAUUUAUAUUUUUUUUUAUGGGUGAAAAUGGUAUGGUAACCCCGCCUGCGCUAACGGGAUACGCUGGCGGAGCACCAGUGAAGGGUGAUAGAUGAGAAUGAAAAAAGUUAGCCCAUCAUGAUGAAUUCAUCAGGAAUUAACCAUGAUAGUUUCCAGGGGGAACCGCGAGGAGGUCGACCUGGUUGAUAUUGCUAACAAUGGGAUUCUCAGUCUUCAUUACUAACAAUCCCUUUCCCUCCGCCUUAUCUAUGUUUACCAGAGAGAGACUUUGUACGAAAGUCGUUUGCUUGGGCACCUCUGUCCCAUUAGCGUUUCUACUGUGAAACAGUUGUUUGCAUGGCUGUGUUUCGGUUUGAAGGGUGGGAUAUGGCAGUGAAUUUACAGGGUACAGAGGAAUAACACCUAAGUCCUCAGGAAUGGCAAUGCAUGGGGGGUAUCAUAGGCGAAACAGUAUACUCUGUUAUGUCCAUGAUACUGCUCAUGUCUAUAAGCGACGGUUACCACUUUAUCAGGUGGGCCGCUUGUUUGCCAUUCUAAGUUGUAUAAAAAAAAUAUUUUGUGGUAAUUGUGCAUUAAUUCCUUGUAUAAUAUUAAUAAAGUGCCAUACAAUCAUACAAAUUGUCUGGUCCUCAAGUUAGGAUACUUUAUUUUAUGACGGGGUAUAACCCUGAAAACUUAGAUCUGAGUCAAUCCAGAAAUCUUUCCUACUUUCCCAAAAAUUUUCUAAAGUUUCCUAAUUUUGACCUACUAAGACUCUCGAUAAUCCGGGCCCAUAUUUAUGCAAAGCAACAUGCCCUACGUUGUGUCUCGGAGAUACGUAUGUUAGUCUAUGGUUUAAUAAUUAUUAUUAUUAUUUAUUUGGACAACAUAAGGUCCAUUUUGUUAGUUAUAAAUUCACUUAACCUAUGUUAGUAAAUGAGCAGUCAUGACGCUCUUGCAUUGAUGACCUGUUCCACCCAAUAUUUUAGAAUGGGAAAGUCCGUUUUCGUCACAGGCAAUUGUCUUUAGGACACUGUUUGAGCUAAAACGCAUUCUACCUGAAAGCGAAAUAAUUCGCGCCGUAUUGCCUAAAAAUCAUCAAAAAAGUGCAAAUAUGUGUGACUCACGACGUGAUAGCCCCAACGGUGCCUUGAAGGCAUUAUUAUAUUGGACUCGAAGAGCAUUUUUUUUUAAACGGUAAUGGAAUGGUAACCCCACCCGCGCUAACGGUAUACACCGGCGGGGCACCAGUGAAGGAUGAUAGGUGAGGAUGAAGCAGGUCAUUUAGCCCAUCGUGACGAAUUCAACAAGAAUUGGCCACGAUGGUUUUUUUUUUUUUUUACAACACAGGGGGCAAACGAGCAUGCGGCUCACCUGAUGGUAAGUGACUACCGCCGUCCAUGGUCACCCACAACACCUACGGCAUUGCAGGUGUGCUGCCGGCCUUUUAAAAAGGAAUAUGCUCUUUUCUUGAAGGUUAUGUUGUCGUAUCGGUUCGGAAAUACUGCUGCUGGAAGUUGAUUCCAAAGAGUGGUUGUGCGUGGAAGAAAGUGCCUUGAAAAACGCACGGUGGAGGACCGCCACUCGUCCAGAUGGUUGGGAUGAAAUUUUAGUUUAUGGCGGGUUGUACGAUGGUGAAAAUCUGCAGCAGGUAUCAAUCCGAACAAUUCUUCAGAGCACUCCCCAUGAUAAAUUCGGUAGAAGAUGCACAGAGAUGCAACAUCUCUACGCAGUUUCAGUGUGUCGAGCCGGACAGUAAGACGCCACGAUGGUUUCCAGGGGCAACCACGUGGAGUUCGACCUAAUAAGGCAUAUUGCUAGCAAUGGGGCUGUCAAACUCCAUUGCUAACAAUCCUUUUCCCCCUACAUUUGAAGAGCAUUGUAAGAUUUCUGAUUGUAGUCGACUCACAAGCUACUCGUAAUGAUACUUCAUGCUAAUUUGCACAAAUCAUAUAUGGCAUUUUGAUUCGAAUCUUUAUUUUAAUCGCAAAUUAAAUUAAAACAUUAGUUGGUUAUUCGAUUAGAAUUAUUUUGUUUAAUUCCGCUACCAGAGGGAGACAUACAUAUCUGUCACGCCUGUCUCCCAUUAGGGUAGGCAGAAACAAUGGAACGCCAAAUGCUUCGAUUCAAACAAACCUCUUUCGCUUCUUCCACAUUCAUCAAUCUUGUCAUACACGCUCGCCGGUUAUGGGUACUUUUGAGUUGGCCCUUCUUCAGCAAGUCGCCUAUUUGAUCGACAUACGUCCGUCUAGGGCGGCCCCUACCGACAUUUCCAUUCAUUCUUGCUCGACAAAUCUUUUUCGUAAUUCUUCUUUCAUUCAUCCUCUCCAAAUGACCAAACCAACGCAACAUUCCUUUUUUGAUUUUUGUCACUACAUCGUCUUUCAGUCCACACUUCAAUUACUUCACUUACACUGAAGUGUGGACCAGAGGGAGACUUUGUACAAAAGUCGAUUGCUUGGGUACCUCUUUCCUAUUCGUAUUUCAACCGUGAAGCAGCUGUGUUUGCAUGGCUGUGUUUCAGUUUGAAGGGUGGGAUAUGGCGUGAAUUUACUGGGUACAGAGGAAUAACAUCUGAGUCUUCAGGAAUGGCAACGCAUGGGGGGUAUCAUGGGCGAAACAGUAUACUCUGUUAUGUUCAUAGUACUUCUCAUGUCUAUAGUCGACGGUUACCACUUUCCAUCAGGUGGACCGUCAGCUUGUUUGGCAUUCUAAGUUGAAUAAAAAAAAAAAAUUUGUAUGCGUGCAUUAGUCAUUUACAGUCUGGGUGUCGAAGGGUCAACACUAGACUCAGAGCAGCGAUUUAUUAAUUUGCCUAUAGAUUCCGCGUUUAGAAGUAAACCUCGUGUUGCAACAUGUGCGUGGACUGAAUACCGGUCGGAGAUUAAUGGCUUUUUUUUUAUUUUACUAAUAAUGAUAGUAAUUAAUCCUCAAAUGUUGGCAGUCGCUAGCAUGUUAAUGGUAGCGGAAUUAAACAAAAUAAUUCGAGUCAAAUAACCAGUGAUAUGAACUUUUGUCAGUUCAUAUUUGACAGAAUCACGAUAUAAAAUGUUACAGUUUUGUAACAUUUAUAUUUAGAAAUCUGUAGAAAUUAGCGCAUUCACUGUGUGUAUUUAUAAUUAAUUAUAUAUUUUGUGAAAAAUUAAAUAUAUUUUUGUUACGUCUCUUUUAGUGGAUGUUGUUGAACAUUUAUGUGAAUUGUAAAUUUUGCUCAAAAUUAUAUAUAUUUAUAUAUGUUUAUUUUUUUUUCUCAUCAAAUUUGAUA